AUGAGCGUUCCUUCGCCCGCACCCACUGAUCAGAGCACCACAGGUGUGACUGUCUCUCCAGAGACAAUCUUCCAGGUUGGCGAGGAUGGAGACAUCAUGCUUGUGGUCGGCCCAAAUAAGGUCAAGAUCCAAGUGUUUUCGAGCUUCCUCAAGUACAUUUCGCCCGUCUUUCGAGCGAUGCUUGACUCCCCGAUGAGCGAAGGGGAGGCCUUUCGUAACAGAGUUAACAAUUCUCCUAUCGAAAUUAUACUACCCGAAGACAAUGCACGAGCGAUGUCCCAGAUGCUGCGAGGUCUUUAUGGUGUUGGCCCUUCCUGCCCGCACACCAAGAGCGACGUGAGAAGGGUCGUCAUCCUGGCCGACAAAUACGACAUGAUGAAGCAGCUCAAGUAUUUUGGGGUCUACUGGAUGAGAGCUCUAGGCAGCGUCUCUGGUCCAACUUCCCUUCAGUGUCAAUGGGAUAUUCUCAUCACGGCAUACAUGCUUAAAGAAGAUAACUUCUUCUUCUUCGCGAGUAAGGCAAUUACCAAAACCAAAGGGAGCCUCUUAAAGUACGCGAUGAGCACCCACGACAGGGAGCUUGGUCUGAGACUUGGCAUGGCCAUAGAAGAAGUACGUGGAGUUGUCAAGAGUUUCAAAGGGCUGGAGAUGGGGGUUUGCUUGGACUGCUUCAUCCAAUCAACAGACUCUUUUACCAAGAAGCUCGACAAGUGCAAGUCCACCGACAAACACUUCAAUCCAGCAUUGCUUUGA